AUGAGAGGCAAGUCAGAAGAUGGGGUCCACGCUGAAUCUGGGAUAGGCCCCUACCACUUGUCAGGAGGGGUGAAGCGACGGGAAAGAGAGCAGGCGAGGAUUGGCUGGGAGGAACCCAGAGCUCCAGCUGCUGGGUGGACGGAAGCCGGAGGGGGGCGCUACUUGCACGACCCUGGCCGCCCCGGCCCUUCAGGCCAGGGAGAGCCUUGCGAGGUAAGGCGCACGCAGGGCCGACUCUGGAGGCGCGCCCGCGCCUACCCUCUCACGCCCGCCCUAGUUCCGGAUUCAGCCUCGUCACACCCGCGCUUCAGAGCCUACGGCACUGCCCAGACCCGGAUCGGCGACGAAUACAAGCAGAAGAAGGAGGUGGAGCAUAGGUUGUCUGCACUGAAAUCUGCUGUGGAAAGUGGUCAAGCAGAUGAUGAGUGUGUUCGUGAAUAUUACCUCCUUCACCUUCGAAGGUGGAUUGGUAUCAUCUUAGAAGAGAUUAAGAGCAUUGAUCAGGAGAUAAAGAUCUUGAGAGGAAAAGAUUCUUCAAAAGAGCCAUCAACUUCUCACUCAUCUCGUCGGGACAGGCCUCCAAUGAAACCUUUUGUUCUCACUCGGAACAUGGCCCAAACCAAAAUAUUUGGAGCUGGUUAUCCAAGUCUGGCAUCUAUGAUGGUGAAUGACUGGUAUAAACAACAUUGGAAAUUUGGAGCAUUACCUGAUCAGGGUAUAGCCAAGAAAACAUCAGAAGAGUUAAGAACAGCAGCUCAGCGACAAGAUCAGGAGCAGGAGGAAGAGGAUGAUGAACAGGCAGUACACAGAGCUUGGGAGUGGGAUGACUGGAAGGACACCCAUCCUAGGGGCUAUGGCAACCGACAGAACAUGGGUUAGUCUCCCCACAACAAGACAGGACUACAGGGGCUUCUGUCUUCCCCACCAAGGAAAGCUGUACA